AGUAUAAGAACUAUGAGAGCCUCUCACACUCGCGUGAAGAUCUUGAAAAGGAGUGCAAGGAAGUAGGAAAAGGACAUAGCUUCUACGAUUUCCAGUUCAACACAAGGCUCGUCAAAUCGACUAUUGUGCACUUUCAGGUACAUGAAUCUUUAAUCAGAGUGUCACAUGAAACUUUCUAAUAGUAGAAGAUCUUUGUUUGGAGCUUCACUUUUGAAUAUUUCAUCAUGAAUCAGCUGGCUGUAUUUUGAGGACAGGGUUUUAAUAUGGAAGCUCAGUGGUGAGGACAGAACUUGGCUUUUGCUGGAUUUGCCGACGUAGAUUAUAGUUUUGAGUCGAAGUUGCCUGUUAUGUUCUAUUCUGCUAGCAUCUGUGUGUUUUAAGAGUUUGUGUGAUAGAGUAGAUAAAGAGCACACUUCAUUCAGUUUUGCAGUGUCAAACAGUAAAGUUGAGGCUGAUGGUUGAAAUUUCUGAACUUCCAUUUCCAUUUUGUGUGUCCCUCUAGAGAAUAAUUAUCACUUGAUUUUAGUUAUGUUCAUCUGUUUAUUUCCACGGUCCGGCAUUUUCAGUUGGUCACUAACUACCUCUGUCACCAUUUCUGCACGAUUCAUCCCUUCCUAUUCAGAGCCCAUUGAUCAUUGCAUACCUUUCUCAGCUGUUGUUUUAAGAUGACGAGUUGAACAUAUUUGCUAGUCCUUAAGUGAAGUGGUUAAGUUCUAAUUCGUGUUGCAGAGAUGUUUGGUUGAAUUGUAUGUCCCUCUAGAGAAUAAUUAUCACUUAAUUUUAGUUAUGUUCAUCUGUUUAUUUCCACGGUCCUGCAUUUUCAGUUGGUCAUUAACUACCUCUGUCACCUUUUCUGCACGGUUCAUCCCUUCCUAUUCAGAGCCCAUUGAUCAUUGCGUACCUUUCUCAGCUGUUGUUUUAAGAUGAUGAGUUGAACAUUUUUGCUAGUCCUUAAGUGAAGUAGUUAAGUUCUAAUUCGUGUUGUAUAGAUGUUUAUGUUUGGUUGAAUUUUAUGUCCCUCUAGAGAAUAAUUAUCACUUGUUUUUAGUUAUGUUCAUCUGUUUAUUUCCACGGUCCUGCAUUUUCAAUUGGUCACUAACUACCUCUGUCAUCUUUUCUGCAUGGUUCAUCCCUUCCUAUUCAGAGCCCAUUGAUCAUUGCGUACCUUUCUCAGCUGUUGUUUUAAGAUGAUGAGUUAAACAUUUUUGCUAGUCCUUAAGUGAAGUGGUUAAGUUCUAAUUCGUGUUGUAGAGAUGUUUGGUUGAAUUGUAUUCUUUCAAAAAUUGAUCAAUAUCAUGUAUGCAUUGAUAUUGUAUCUAUAUUUCAGCCUUAGAAGCAGGAUUGCAGUUAGUGUGUGAGCAGCUGGAGCAAGCAUUUUCCAUAUGUUGAGGAAUCUCUUGUGGUCGACAUCCAAACAUGAUGUGUAUCUCAUGCAAGAUUACUCUGUGAUGCACUGGUCCUCACUUCUCAGGAGGGGAAAAGAAGUGCUAAAUGUUGCUAGGCCAUUGGUGCCCACUAUGAAAUACCCUGGAUCAGUGUCUCAAACACUUUCCCGAGUGCAGAUCAGCACUAUGGCUGUUAGAGAUGGUUUGGUGGCUGCCGGUGGUUUCCAAGGGGAGCUUAUCUGUAAGUAUCUAAACCAACCUGGAGUUGCAUUUAGUACAAAAAUAAGUAACGAAGAGAAUGCUAUAACUAAUGCCGUGGAUAUUUGUUAUAGCCCGACUGGCUCGAUGAGGGUAAUCACUGCUAAUAACGAUCAGCAAGUCAGAGUUUUUGAUGCGAAAAGCUUUGCUUGCACCAGUCAUUAUACAUUCCCUUGGUCUGUUAAUAACGUCUCGGUUAGCCCAGAUGGUAAAUUACUUGCUAUCCUUGGUGAUAGUCCAGAAUGUCUAAUUGCUGAUGCUCAAAGCGGGAAGGUUGUCAGCAACCUAAGAGGUCAUCUAGACUAUUCAUUUGCAUCAGCUUGGCACCCGGAUGGAAGAAUUUUGGCAACUGGUAACCAGGACACAACUUGCAGAUUGUGGGAUAUACGGAACACGUCACAGUCCAUAGCAGUGCUCAAAGGAAGGAUGGGAGCCAUCCGUGCAAUCAAGUUCACUUCAGAUGGGCGCUUCAUGGCCAUGGCCGAACCAGCUGAUUUUGUCCACAUAUUCGAUACAAAAUCUGAUUAUGGUGCCUGUCAAGAGAUUGAUUUGUUUGGCGAGAUUGCUGGGAUAUCCUUCAGCCCUGAUACUGAAGCUCUCUUUGUUGGAGUGGCAGACCGAACCUAUGGAAGCUUGUUGGAGUUCAACCGUAAACAUUACCACCAAUACCUUGAUUAUGUUUUGUAGUGAAAGGCGCCGGCCUGUGUCAGUUUAAUUUUGGCAACUGCUUGUUUGGUAUAUAGUUUGUGUAUAGUAUGCAGAAAACUUGGGGUAGACUCGUGUAACUUGGCCUUCUUAUGACAAUGCUCUGAAGGCAGGCCUAUGAUUUGGAGAACUAGUGUGAUAGGGAAAGAGCUAGGAUGACGUCCUAGCAGCUGAUGGCCAUGUAGGGGCUGUUUCUGCGGAAGUAUAUUGUUUAAGCGUGCAGAAAUAGGAAAAUCAUGCAGUAGUAAAUGUAAACCGCCAGUGCAUUUGUAUAUCAGAAACGAAUUUUGGAGUCGAGUUGUUUUUGUUGAUGGCCAACUUUAUCACAAUUCGAUGUGUUCGCUU